GCAGAGUGGGGAGGGGCCGCCAGCGCGCGCCACUUUCCCCUCUCCAGGAAUUACACCCGCGCUGGGCGGCCCGGGGGCGGGGUCGAGUCGCUGCGCCUGCGCGGCGGGAAGCCUCACGGCCCGCGCUCUCUUUGGGAGUGCGCUCUGCUGUGGGUUGGUAGCGACCCUCAGGUUAGGCUGCCAUCGCGGCGUCGGAUUAGAGCGGCGCGGGGCUCAGUGGCCCCGCCAGGGGGCGUGUGUGUGUGUAGAUCGCGCCUCCCUUCCCCGCCCCGUUAACCUCUGACCUCUCUUCUUUUCUAGAUUUCUGCUUUUUUUCCGGGCGGGAACGCUGCCCGCAGCCUACUCGGAGUAAUGGCGACAGCCCAGGUAUUGAACAUUGGUAAAAAGCUGUAUGAAGGUAAAACAAAAGAAGUCUAUGAAUUGUUGGACAGUCCAGGAAGAGUCCUCCUGCAGUCCAAGGACCAGAUUACAGCAGGCAAUGCAGCUAGAAAGAAUCACCUGGAAGGAAAAGCUGCAAUUUCAAAUAAAAUUACCUGUUGUAUUUUUCAGUUGUUACAAGAGGCAGGUAUCAAAACUGCUUUCUCCAAGAAAUAUGGGGAGACAGCUUUCAUUGCACCCCAGUGUGAAAUGAUUCCAAUUGAAUGGGUUUGCAGAAGAAUAGCAACUGGUUCUUUUCUCAAAAGAAAUCCUGGUGUUAAGGAAGGGUAUAAGUUUUGCCCACCCAAAGUGGAAAUGUUUUUCAAGGACGAUGCCAAUAAUGACCCCCAGUGGUCUGAAGAACAGCUAAUUGCUGCUAAGUUUUGCUUUGCUGGACUUGUCAUAGGCCAGACUGAAGUGGAUAUCAUGAGUCACGCUACACAGGCUAUCUUUGAAAUACUGGAGAAAUCCUGGUCGCCCCAGAACUGUACACUGGUUGAUAUGAAGAUUGAAUUUGGUGUUGAUGUAACCACCAAAGAGAUUGUUCUUGCUGAUGUUAUUGAUAAUGAUUCCUGGAGACUCUGGCCAUCAGGAGAUCGAAGCCAACAGAAAGACAAACAGUCUUACCGGGACCUCAAAGAAGUAACCCCUGAAGGGCUCCAAAUGGUGAAGAAGAACUUUGAGUGGGUUGCAGAAAGAGUAGAGGGGAUGGAAUUCCUACUGUGUUUGUGGCAGUGGCAGGCAGGAGCAAUGGUUUGGGACCAGUGCUGUCUGGGAACACUGCAUAUCCAGUUAUCAACUGUCCUCCCCUCACUGUGGACUGGGGAGCUCAGGAUGUGUGGUCUUCUCUCCGACUACCCAGUGGUCUGGGUUGUUCAACCAUACUUUCUCCAGAGGGAUCAGCUCAGUUUGCUGCUCAGAUAUUUGGAUUAAACAACCACUUGGUGUGGUGCAAGCUGCGAGCAAGCAUGUUGAACACAUGGAUUUCCUUGAAGCUAGCUGACAAGAAAGUCAGGGAACACGAUAUGUAAGAAAGGAUGGCAUUGUGUUUUUUAGGGAAAAGCUGCAAAUUUCUAGUUUAGCUUUAGAAGAAACUCAAGUAAAAUGAAAAGAUAAUUUUUAAUCAGAAAACAAAAUGUAUUCACAAAUAAAUGCUUCUGUAGAUUAAUGUAUUGGUAGUCUUAUUGCAUAUUUAUAUUUCUUUAUCGGUAGUGAGGUUACUAUAAGCAUAUUUUUAAUUACUCUUUUAUAUACCAUAUAGUCAUAGGUAGAUCAGCAAAUAUAUUUUAUAAAUGCAAAUAAUCAGGCACCUGUAGUCCUAGUCCCUCCCGAGCCUCCCUUGGGAGGUUGAGGUAAGAAAGAUCACUGGAACCCAAGAGUUUAAGGCUGCUGUGAGCUAUGACAUCAAGGUACUCUAACCAGGGCACAGAGUUAAAUAGAUAAAUAAAUAAAUGCUAGUAAUGUCCUGUUAUAAAGCUCUAAACCUAUUACUUAACCUUUAUCUCAAGUCAUUAAAUUUUAGGAAGUUAAAUAGUUACCUUUUAGGUGGUAAGAGCCAUGCAGUCCUCUGAUUUCAUGGUUUUAAAUCCUAAGGGUAUGAUGGUUUUAUUUGCAGUCAUUAUCUCUGAAAAUGAUGUGUAUUUACAUGUAUCUGUAGCUAUAAAUAUGUUUUGUUUUUAUUUAUUUUUUAAGGAAAAUUGAGUUAGGUGCUGGGGGUAGAGGUUACACAUGAAAUAAGAUGAAGGGACACUGUAGUAGCCAUAGAGGGUGGUCUUUUCUAAAACCUCUCCAGGGUAUUAGUUUCCCAGGGAUAAAAGUCAAGUCAUGGACCUCCGCCAUCCCAAAUAAAAUACGUAAAUCUCAGUUGGCCAUGCAACUUGGAAUGGUGGGUGCCUCUUCGGAUCAUAAACUUUUUAGUUCUGGUAAUUUAGCCACAGCAACAAUCACCAGUCUAACGUCAGUUUCAGAAAUUGGAAUCUUCCCCAAUCACUAACUAUAAUUAGUUUCUUUUCCAAUAUAGAUCUAGGCAGUGGACCUAGCAAGAUUCACUUCUACACAUACAGGAGCACCUAAUACUGAGAGGUCAAAUAUGUGUUAUUUGAAUCUUACCUAACCUAUGACUUGUUCUGGAUUGAUCCCAUUGCAGUGUUUUUUUCUUUGCUAUAUUCAUCAAGUACAAAAUUUUAGGCGGGUAACCUAUGAAGCAAAUUGAUAACCCUUGCUAACUUCUCUAAUCCUUUUCGCUCUUUUAUUUAGUUGGCUCACUCCUUUUCUCCUUCUCAGAAGUCCCAUCUGUACUGUGGCUAGCUUAUAUUUCUUGCCAGUUCACAAAACCAAUACCAACUAUUAUGCCAGUGAGUUCAUAUAACAACAUGCAAAAUCUAUGGUGAGUGCAGUGGGUCCAUCUGUAAUCCUAGCACUCUGGGAGGUUGAGGUGGGAGGAUCCCCUUGAGCUCAGAGUUCAAGACCAGCUUGAGCAAGAACAAGACCCUGUAUCUACUUAAAAGAGAAAAAUUAGCCAGGCAUGGUGCCAGGCAUCUGUAAUCUCAGCUACUUGGGAGACAACAGCAGAUGGAUUGCUCGAACUCAGGAGUUUGAGGUUGCUGUGAGCUACUCCGAUGCCACAGCACUCUGGCCUAGGCAACAGAGUGAGACUCAAAAAAAAAAAAAAAAAAACAGAAAAUGGUCACUUUUAAUGGUGUUUUUGCAUUCAGUUUUCUACAUCUCAAUUGCUUGGGGUGGAGUUGUUAAUCUUAUAUUGUGGUAAAGUGAAAAGAAUGGAAUGGAAAGUGAAAUAUUUUGUCAAACACAUUACUCUGAGCAUCAGCUCUUAUUUGUAAAAUGGAGCUAAAUAAUACUGCCUGUCUCACAGAGUUGAUGAUGUGAUAAUCUAAGAUAACUGUACAUGGAAGAUUCUCAGAAAUCAUAAAUGGACAAGUCUAUUAACAAGUAAAAAUGAGUUUUGAGUACUUACAGGGUGUAACUAACUUUAAUUUUCAACUUAACUGGGCUAAGGCAUUUCCAGAUAGCUGGUAAAACAUGAUCUGCAUAUUUCUUGGUGUGUCUGUCAGGGUAUUUGUAGAAAUGAAAACUUUGAGUCAAUAGAUUGAAUAUAGAAGGUUGCCCGCCCCAGUGCAGGUGGGAAGUAUCAGGCCACUGGGGGCUUGAAUAGAAUGAAAAAUAGAAGAGUGAAUUGCUGGGGCAUCCAUCUCCUCCUGCCCUUACACAUUGGUGCUCUGGUUCUAAGGCCUUCCGAAUGAGACUGGAAAUUACACUAUUGGCUCCCCUGCUUUUCAGGCCUUCAGGUUUGGACUGGAACUACACCACCUGGGCCUUCAGUUUGCAGAAGGCUGAUCAUAGGACUUCUCAGCCUCCAUUUUGCUGAGCCAAUUCCUUGUAAUAAUCUCUAUAUCCUAUUGGUUCUGUUUCUCUAGAGAACCCUAAUACAAUCUACUAUGUAUGUUUAAGAUCCUGGGAGUGCAGUAAUGAACAAAAGUCAGUUUUUGCCCUCAACAAGUCUGGGAGUAUUCUAGGGCCAAUUUCAAAACAUUAGGUCUUAGGAUGGAAUAUAUCUGAUAAGAGUACUGUGAAUAUAAAAAGUAGGAGGUACUAUCAGAUACCUAUCUAAAGAACAAGUCUAUAUUAGGAGUGAAAAGGAGGGACUCUUUACUCCUCACAAUCUAAACUCAAUCUUAAGUUAAUCGUCCUUAAUUUUCUCUGUAAUUUAUCAUCAUCAUAGUAUGUAUUUCUUUAUUGCCUAUCCCAACUAGAAAAUAAACUCCAUGAGUAUGCUGGGCUGUCUUCUUUGUUUUCAGUUGUAUCCCUAACCACUAGUGUAAUGCCUGAUGCAGGCAUAUGCAAGACACUCAAAUUGCCAAGUGAAUGAAAGUGCAAAUUCCCAGAGGGAUGGGGACACAGGACUACACAUAAUGAUAGAGAACUAUAGCUUACCUGGGGAGUAAAGAAUGAGUAACAGGAUACCUGUAGGAGUUGGGGAGGUGGCUGCAGAAGCCAGAUCACAAAAGACAUGGCUGCUAGGCCUAGUUUGGGUUUUAGCAUGAGGAUGGGAGAGGCAUCAGAUACAUGCUUUAAAUGAUCAGUCUGGUAUUUGUCUAUCAUAUGAGGAUAUAGCUGAAAUGUGCCAUAUGUGAAAUAGCAGGCCAUCACCAGACAUGGAAUGUCGGUGCCUGAUCGUGGAUUUUCCAGCCUUCACAAUUUGGGAAAUUUGUUGUUUAUGAAAAACAAAAACCACUCCAGUUUGAAAGACACCUAUUUCAGAAAUGGCAAAAUAAAUCCAUGUAUUUAUAUAUUGUUUGCCACAAAACUCCAUUAAAAUGACAGAAUAAAUGGAAACAGCUCUUCAUAGAAAUUCUGUGGAACUUCUAGAAGGUACGAAGUAUAGGGGAUCAGACUGAAAUAGAAACUAAAAUUGCCAAUCACAAUAUAAGGUUAAUAUUCUGAGAAGUACUAAGGCAGUGGCUUCUAAUUUGGGGGGUUGGUGGUGGUGGUAGAUAUAAACACUUAGAGAAUCAGAUGGAAUUUAUAAAACUUCUCAGAAAAAAACAAUCUAGGGUAUAAACAUUUGGGGUAUACUAAAUGUCAUCUGGAACUCCCACUAUUAAAAACUGAGACAAUUCUGGCUUGGUGCCCAUAGCUCAGUGGGUAGGGUGCCAGCCACAUACACCAGGGUUGGUGGGUUGAAACCUGGCCUAGUCCUGCUAAACAAUGACAACUACAACAAUAACAAAACUAGCCAGGC